UUGUCACCAAGUUUGCCAUUGGAAGGAGAGGAGUAAUAGUAGAAUGAAAAGACCAUAUUGAGUGAAGGUUUUAUAACUGUUUGAGGGACUUUAUCAGGGUUGCUGGUUUACAGAAAAGGAGCCACUAGAGUGGAUGAAAAGGAAGCAAUAAUGGAGAAAAGGCUGUAAUAAAUUAAGGAAGUGAAGUCAUAGACCUAGUAGAAGGGCCAUGGCGGUCAGUUGAAUUUAAGUCUUUAAGGAGCUUGAAUAACGUACAUAAAUCAAUUAGAACUGUUAUGACCCUCAGCCUACUACCUAUGACUUGAUUUUUGGUACAAACUCUCUUUCAGGCAGGCUCAUUGUCAUUUAUCAUGGGCUGCACCCCUAAUGCUUCACACUCUCCAGUCUUCUUGCUCCUUGGGUUCUCAAGAGCUAGAAUCUCCCCAAAUCUCCUUUUUCUCCUGUUCCUGGCUAUUUACCUAGCCACCAUAAUGGGGAACGUGACUCUAGUGCUGCUAAUCUCCCGGGACUCCAGGCUCCACUCACCUAUGUAUUAUCUGCUCCGUGGUCUCUCUGUGAUUGACAUGGGGCUGUCCACAGUCACCCUGCCCCAGUUGCUGGUCCAUCUGGUGUCUAAUUACCCAGCCAUUCCUGCUGCCCGCUGCUUGGCCCAGUUCUUUUUCUUCUAUGCAUUUGGAGUUACAGAUACACUUGUUAUUUCUGUCAUGGCUCUGGAUCGCUAUGUGGCCAUCUGUGACCCCCUGCACUACCAUUCAGUGAUGAAUCGUCGACUCUGUGCCCGCUUACUGGCCUUGAGCUGGAUGGUGUCCAUAGUGCACACCAUGCUGCAUGUAGGACUUCUCUUGCCUCUAUACUGGGCUGGGGAUGCCAAGGGCAACGUUAACCUUCCCCACUUCUUUUGUGACCACCAACCACUUCUGCGAGCCUCUUGCUCUGACAUACAUUCCAAUGAGCUGGCCAUAUUUUUGGAGGGUGGCUUCCUCAUGCUAGGUCCCUGUGCCCUUAUUGUACUCUCCUAUGUUCGCAUUGGGGCCACCAUCCUGCGUUUGCCUUCAGCUGCUGGUCGCCACCGUGCAGUCUCUACUUGUGGAUCCCACCUCACCAUGGUUGGCUUCCUCUAUGGCACCAUUAUUUGGGUCUACUUCCAGCCUUCUUCCCAGAACUCUCAGGAACAAGACAUGGUGGCUUCUGUGAUGUACACUGCCAUUACACCUUUGGCCAACCCUUUUGUGUACAGCCUCCGCAACAAGGAUGUCAAGAGUGCACUUCACAGGCUGCUUGGAUGGGGAAAAGUGAUUAGCCUGCCUAAGAGCCAUUUUGGUUAGCUGAGGAAAGAAGUGGGAAGAUUUAAGCAUGGCCAGUUUUGGAAAGAUGAGGGACGGAUGGCCUGGACAACUUAUGGAACCCCAGAUUCAGCUCUUGUUAAUGUGGUGCUCUGACAGAGCUGUGAACAUUCCACAUUCAUUCCACAUGUGCUCAGGGCUUCCUCAUCAGCAUGCCUCAGGAACCCCUUCCUCAGACCAUUUAUCUUCAGUUAUCAAAGUAGAUAUAAAUGAGUCACUAGGGCUAGAAUAUGUAACCCCACAGUUUUGAAGAAAUAUGAGAAUAUACUAUGAAAUCUUAACUAAAUCAGAGACAGUGAAGUUAAUUAUGACCAUGUUUAACUUGGUGUGCUUGCUUGUGGGAAGUGUGUGUAUCAGAAAGUUAGGGAAAGGGAACAAUUUAGGCAAAUAGGGACGGCAAUUUUACACCUGUUCCAUUCAGUGAGCAAAUAUAUGCCCAGAAGUGAGUGUGAAAUGGGGGCCAUGAUUCUACCAUUCCAUAUCUUAGCCUCAGUUUCCAUGAGCCUGCCGUCGUGUGAUCAUCUUAUUCUGAUGUGUAUGAUUUCUAUUUUUUAUAUUUUAAAUUAAUUUUAUUUAUAUU